UGGAAUUCAGUACGAAUCCAGGCAAAGCUUUUGCAUUGGUAGUUAGAUACAGAAACAAUGAGUCAGACAAGAAUGGGAUCUUUUGUGGUCCGAUUUAUUCUGCCACUUCUGGUGCUAAAGAUUUGCAUAGCAAAGGGUCAAGUCACACCGAAUGUAAUUUGUCCUCAAAUACAAGUGGGCGAGGACGAUCUACCAGGUUUUGACAUUAUAUCUCAAUUCCACUUGGAUCGAGGAGAACUCGUGCCUGGUGUUUCAAAGGUGAACGGGUCGUCCGAAUAUCAAGUGGCUUACAGACUAAGUCGUUCCGCUUCACUCAGUAUACCGACAAGGUAAAACAAAAACAAUUUGC